ACCAGUGUGCCUCAACGCCUCUGUGUGUGUAACGUUAGUUAUUCAAGUUCCCCGAAGUCUGCACAAAGAACUGUCGGAAGGGUGGAUUUUUUCCUUGUUCAGAAUCAACUUUUCAUGAAUUAUGUAACGCUAUGAUCCACGUCCUACCAGAGGUAAAACAACCUGCCAGACUUGCGGCCGAAGGGGCGUUUAAAGAAGGAUCUAGAGGACAAGUUCUUUUUUUUUGUUUUGUUUUGUUUUGUUUUGUUUUGCUUUCUUUUUUGGAGGGAUAACCAGUCAAAAGCAGCCACUGGGGAAGUAUUAAGGACCAUUCCUGGUUGAGUUGAGGCUACCGCACCAAUCUCUCCAACACGGGAGGCUCCCCAAGAACCAGCCCAGUCUCCGAGGCGUAUCCGACAACGGCCUGCAGGGUGGCGAGAGAGAGCGAGGACACGAGGCGUGGGGCGCCGGGAAUGAGUGAGUUCUGGCACAAGAUUGGCUGCUGUGUGGUGGCCAAGCCCCCGCCGAAGAAACGGCGGAGGAAGAUCGACCCCAGCAUGAUUGGGGAGCCCACAAACUUUGUCCACCUGACCCACAUAGGCUCUGGAGAGAUGGCAGAAGGAAUGCAACCGUCUGGAUCAGUGCAGGAACAGAUGAGAUCAAAAGUGCCCCAUAGCAAUGGCCGGAACAGCCUGUUAUAGCCAUCUAGUCUGCCUUGUGGAGGUUCGUUUGGCAUGUCUCUCCCCACACCAGAGCAGUUGCCUCCCGGAGACCUGACCUAACGACCUCCCCCAUGUAGCACUUGGCCCACCUGCAGAGGAAGCAUUGAUGCUGAUGCUGAUGUGCAGUUUGUCAUUCGUCACUUUCCACAAGAUCCAUUUGCUACUCAUGGCAAAAAAAAACAAGGACUGCUAGGUUUCACCUAGGACCCCCCCCCCCCCCUAUUUCUCUAUGGUCCACUUUUCAAUAUUAGAGAGACACCCUCUCUCUCUGUUUAUAUGUUUUUAUUAUUUUUUUCCUUUUUAAAGGAAGGAUUGAAAGUACCAAAAACAGACCCUUUUUUUAAAAAACAUGGUGUGAAUAUGUGGAUGUAUGUGAGAAGAAGAGUGUGUGUUUGGGGUGUAUCUUCAGUUUCUUCUGUGUGUUGAUGCACUGGCUGUGUUCACCUCAUGUUUAAUGGCUGCUGCUGCUGCCUGAAAAAAGAGCAGGCACGGGCUCAUCCACUAGCCCUUUAGCCCCAUGCUAUAUGCACAUUCAGAUCAGAUUUAACAACACAGACAGGGGUUGCCACCUUCCUAAUGUUUUAAGACUUCCUUCAAACACUUUUUUCCCUUAAUCUUAUAAAAUUUUGUCAUUUACCUUUCAAGAGAAAUGAUAUAUAAAUAUAGGCUAGGUGUUUUUUUUUUUGAUAACACGGGCUGUUCAUAUGGAUUGCCCCUUGCACUGGUGUAUCUUUUUGUCAUCUUGUCUCUGGAAUCCCAUGUCACAAAGUGCAGGAGGGUGGCUUUGUAUGUGACUGAUGGAUGCGUGUGUGUGUGUACAUUUAUCUUCACAUGAGAGAAAGUUCUAGUUCAUGCUGUGUGUGUAUGUUUGUGUAUGUGUCAUGAUGAAUGAGAAUUGAAGUUCUCUCAGUUUUCUCCCACGCAUUUAACACACAAAAAAAGUAUUGCCAAAGUAUUUGUCUAUUUAGUGUUAUUUAAUUUUACAUUUCUUGCAGAUAGAGCAGAUAUGUCUUUCUAAGCAGCAGUAUAAACGAGACUGAACACUGGAUAGUCUUCUUCAGCCAUGUGACCUUUGUUGGGGCUGUAUGGUGUCUGCACCCACUUGCGGUCUCCCCUCUCCUGUUAUACUGGCCUGAGCUACAUGCUAUGCAGGACUCUUCCUCUGAUUCAUCUUCAAACAAUGCGAAUAGUCACACAGACCCAUUUGAUGCAUCUGAUUGAGAUUUGUAUGGCACCUCUUGCCUUGAGUAACCUGGGGAAUAACUCCCAUCUGUUGGGGGGUCUGUCUUUUGAUGUGGCACCUUCUAGUGAUUUGGGCAAAUGGCACCUUUUAAUUCUUUUGCUUUUUUUUUUUUUAUUAUUAUUGAAGCACAAAUAGCAUUAAUUAGCUUAGUCAGUUGUUGUUGUCCGUUGUGAUUUACAUUGUUUUAUAAAUGACAAUUUAAUCUGAAACUGCUAUCGUCAUUAGUUGGGGUCCUUCACCACCACCACCAAGGGUUCCAUCUGAAUGGUAACAGGGGGAUGGAGCCUUGCAAAAAAUAGACUUGUUGAGGAAGCAUGGGAACAUUCCACUGGCUUGCCUAACCUUUCAUAAAUUGUCACCAUGGUGCUGUUAUAGUGCCUUCAUUUCCUACAGUCCCCAAAGUGAUUUGUGAUUGAGACAUGUUAAUGUACUGUAUAUUUCUCCAUUUUGUUGAUCUAAUUGAAUCAUUUUACUUUAGUGGUGCACAAAACUGUUGAGUAUUACUCUCGAUCAGAGGGUGAGGAUGGCUCGGGUCUGUUCGUUUCGCAGCCCAGAUCAGGCUGUAUAGGUCCCAUGUUGUUGGUUUCUUUCAUCCCAGGUUAUUUGAAUACACUGGCUUUCUGCUUAGAGACUUGGAGCAAACUUGGAGACUUAGCUGCUCUCAGUGUUUCGCACAGGCUUCGUCAGUCACUGUGAAGACCUCAGAGCAUGUAUGAGUCAGAGCAUAAUUCAGUCCAAGAGACCAAAUCAGCUUGCAGGGGGAAACUUACUGGGGUUUCGUGUUGCCAGUUAAGCCAAUGUCUAGUUUUACAACCACACAUCAGAGUAUUGGACCUGUACCUCUGUUUGUAUGCUUUAAGAGAGAUUGUAGAAUUUGUGACUGAGUGUGAGAGAGAUGGGUUAUGCCCAGUUGAGUCUGUAUUUACUUGUGGCUGUAAGCCCUGUUGGCUUUUAAAUAAUACACAUUUUUUUCCAAA